CAAGUUGAUAAAACAUGGAUUUUCCUAAAGGAAAAUCCCAGUUGACGGAUGCCUUUCAAGGUAGCCAUGCGGUCCGAACGAGGGACAUGGUUCUUUUUCCUCAAGCAAGGCCUUGAAAUGGUCAUCGGGGGAAACUUAACUAAACCUGGCAGCAAGGACACCUAGGCAUGGAAUCUGCCAUUUCCACCCACAAAAAAAAAGAAAGAAAGAGAAAGGUUUUCUAAUGCGACAUUUUGUUUCCAGUUCCACCUCCGAAAGCCUGCAGGCCACCGACCCCUGACCUUUCUGCACAUACUUUCCCCCGCUGCAAUGUUACACUUCCAGAGUAAGAUGGCUGAUUGGCUUGCCACCGAUGCAGUCAAAUCUCCCGUCCUGAUCCUUCGCCUAAUUCGCGUUCCUUGCUUCCCAUCUCUCCUUCCUUAUUAAAUUCAUUCCCCGGGAAAAACUGGUACUUAGCUGCAGUGUGCCCCCUAGUGGCGAGAGACGGUAGUUGAUUCUUUGAUUCGCAAACGGUGGGCGAGCAUGGCAGGUGAUGGAUGGUGGGCUGGUCUCUGCUCACUCCCCCCGAAGAAUCUUUCAUCGCCUCAGUGCUGGCCAGAGAGACGGGACGUUUUCCAGUGAGGUUCACGAUGGACAGUGCCGAAGAGCCUCAGAAAAAAGUGUUUAAGGCCCGCAAGACCAUGCGAGCGAGUGACCGCCAGCAGCUGGAGGCCGUGUACAAAGUCAAAGAGGAGUUCCUGAAAACGGACACCAAGCUGUUGAACGGCAAGCACGAGAACGGCGACUCGGACUUAAACUCCCCCCUGGGCCACCCCGACGGCACCGAGGACGGGGAGGAGGUGAACGGCAUAGCCGUCGACGACCCGGAACCGGAGGAGGAGAGAACGGACUCCACGGAUAGCCCCAGCCCCCCGAACCCGGAGGGCCCCGACGAGAGGACGGACCCCGCCCCGGUCGUCAAACCGGAAUCGCCGCCUCCCAGCGAGGCAGUCUCUGAACAAGAGGAGGGCCCUGCCUCGAAGUCCGAAGACCCGCCGCUCGCCAACCAUAAGGAGGACAGCUUCCGGGAGCCAACCGGCAACCAGACGCCGGACCCGGGAGAGGACGGGGGUCUACCGGAAGGAGAGGACGGAGCAGGCGGCGGCACAGAGCCCGAGGAGGAAACGCCGGCCCCCGGUGAGCCCGUCUCCAUCUGCCCAGACCCUGCCCCUGGUGUGGAAAAGAAGGACACCGAGCACCCGGGGAGCGAGGAGGUCAUCUCGAGCAGUGUGGAGGCUCGCCCAGACGCAGAACCCCCAGGGGACGCCCCCGGAAGCGACCGAGGCGACAGCCCCGGCCAGGACGGGGACGGCGACCCCAUGGAGACGGACGAAAUCAUCCCCAUCUUGGAGAAGCUGGCUCCGGCGGAAGACCAGCUGACCUGCUUCACGAAGGAGACCCUCCUGCCUGCCGGGAUGGGGACGGCGGCGGCUGGGGCGGAGGAGGAGGAGGAGGAGAUGGAGGAGGCGGCCAGUCUCUCCUCGGGCCUGGAGGACAGGCUGGACAGCUCCCUGGGCUCGCCGUCCAAACAGGACACCAGCGAGAGCCUGCCCAAAGAAGCCUUCCUGGUCCUCUCCGACGAAGAGGAGCCCGCGGGCGAGAAGGAGGCCGAGGAGGACGGGCCCGGGACCGAUGAGGCGAAUCCCACAGAGGAAGCAGCGAGUGAGGAAAAGGAUAAAGAGGACAAAGAAGAGGAGGAGCCCAAGGAAGAUGAGAAACCCCCUGAAAAAAACGAGGCGUCGCGAAGAAAGCGGUCCAAGUCAGAGGACAUGGACAGCAUCCAUUCGAAACGCCGUCGCUACGUGGGCGAAGAGUACGAGGCGGAACUCCAAGUCAAGAUCACCGCCAGAGAGGACAUUAACCAGAAGCUGCAAAAGGUUGUCCAGCGCCUACUGGAUGAGAAGCUCGGGGCCCUGCAGUGUGCCGUCUUCGACAAGGCCCUGGCCGACCUGAAAACCCGCGUGGAGAAGAUCGAAUGCAACAAGAGGCACAAAACGGUCCUGACGGAACUACAGGCCAAAAUAGCCAGGUUGACUAAACGCUUCGGAGCAGCCAAAGAGGACCUGAAGAAAAGACAGCAAAACCCGCCGAACCCUCCCCCGUCGCCGGGAAAGUGCACCAGCGAGGCCGUCGGCGUCAACACGCUAACGUACAGGAACGCCGGCACGGUGAGGCAGAUGCUGGAAUCCAAGAGAAAUGUCGGCGAGAACACACCGGCCCCGUUCCCGGUCCCCGUGAACACAGCGUCUUCUACCGGGCUGAGCCCCGCGCAAGCGGUGGGCAGCGGCCAGCCGAAGCCUCAGACCCCGGUGACCUCGGCAUCCCUGACCGCCUCCGUCCUCCCCGCCCCGAACACGGCCACAGUGGUGGCCACCACCCAGGUGCCCAGCGGGAGCGGCCAGCCCGUGUCGGUGUCGCUGCAGUCCCUGCCGGUCAUCCUCCACGUGCCGGUGGCGGUCUCCUCCCAGCCCCAGCUGCUUCAGGGCCACCCCGGGACCCUUGUCACCAACCAGCAGGCUGGUGGCGUCGAGUUCAUCUCCGUGCAGAGCCAGGCCGCGGUGGGCGGACUGACCAAGCCCCCGCUCUCGCUGCCGUCGCCCGGCGGGCCCAAGCCCGGUGGCAACGGUGGCGGCGGCCCCCCUCCCCCGGGGCCCGGCCCCGGCCUCCCCAGGAACUCUGCGGCUGGCACUGGGCCCAGCUCCCUGGGGUCGGCCCUGGCGGUGCAGGCCGUCCCCCCUGCUCACCCCGCCGCCCACCCUGCCGCGCCCAACACCAGGACUCCCCUGCCCACGGUGGGCGCCCCGGGACUGUACGGCUCUACCAGUAGCCGCGGGGCACCCCCCAUACAGAUGAAGAUCCCCCUCUCCGCCUUCAGCGCCUCCUCCCCCGCCGAGCCCAGCAGCCCCGCGGUACCCAGAACGGGCCUUCCCCAUAAACCGCCCAUCGCUUCCCGGCUGGCGUCCCCGGCGGCCUCAGCGGUCAGCCCAGCCUGCGCCGGAGACCGGAGGCCAGGGUGGGGCGAGGUCAGGGGAUUAACUCGCCUGGUGAGAAAUGAGAACCAGUCCAGCCGGCCAACGGCAGACACCUCGAUAAGUAAGAGAGCGGCAGAGAGCACGGCUCAGAGCACGAAGGCCGUGGGCGGCGAGGCGGGAAGUGGCGUCAUCGACCUCACGCUGGAUGACGAGGAGUUCGGGGCUGCGCAGGAUCCCAAGAAAGCGGGCCCUGCGGCGGCGCCGGCCCUCGGCCCUCCUCCCCCGGCUCUGACCCGCUCCCUGCAGCCCUUGCAGCCCUUGCAGCCCCUGCAGCCCCUGCAGCCCACACCCCUGCAGCAGGCCGGGGUGCCCACCAGCGGUCCGUCCCAGACCACGAUACACCUCCUGCCCGCAGCCCCGACCACCGUAAACGUGACGCACCGGCCUGUGACCCAGGCCGCUGCCAGGCUCCCGGUGCCCCGGGCUCCGGCCAACCACCAGGUGGUCUACACAACGCUCCCCGCGCCCCCGGCACAGCUGCCCGUCCGGGGGGCCGUCCUGCAGAACCCCAGCGUCCGGCCGGUCAACCCACAGAGCGGCCUCACGGUCCGCGUCCCCCAGACGGCCGCCUACGUCGUGAACAGCGGGCUCACGCUCGGGUCCGCGGGGCCGCAGCUCACCGUGCAUCAUCGGCCGCCCCAGGCCCAUCCCGAGCCGCCGCGGCCCGUUCACCCGGCCCCCCUCCCGGAAGCUCCCCAACCCCCGCGCCUGCCCCCCGAAGCGGCCAGCACCUCCCCGCCUCAGAAGCCCCACCUGAAGCUGGCGCGAGUCCAGAGCCAGAAUGGCAUCGUGCUGUCGUGGAGCGUGCUGGAAGUGGACCGGAGCUGCGCCAGCGUGGACAGCUACCACCUGUAUGCCUACCACGAGGACCCGGGCGCCACGGCGCCGUCCCAGUGGAAGAAGAUCGGCGAGGUCAAGGCCCUGCCGCUGCCCAUGGCCUGCACGCUCACCCAGUUCGUCUCUGGCAGCAAGUACUACUUCGCCGUGCGGGCCAAGGACGUUCACGGACGCUUCGGCCCCUUCUGCGAGCCACAGUCCACCGACGUCAUCUCCUCCCAGAGCAGCUAGGCGCCCGCCCGCCCCCCGCCCCCGCACAGGGUGGUGGA